AUGCAGCUUUGGCCAUUCUCCAAGCAAUUCUCGUCGCCUUGGUUGCCCGUUGGUUCGACUGCUACUUCACACUCUUCAUCCCAGCUCCGUGUCUUAUCGUUCAACAUUCGCUAUGCAACAUCUGAUCCAUUUACAAACGAAAAGCCAUGGGCGGAGCGCUUCCCUCUGGUGUUGAACCAAUUACAGCACGAGACCCGCUAUCUCGAUGGCUCUCACGCUGCACGUGCUAACCUGGAGUCUAUGGACGAUUUUACUGCUUCACUCAUCUGCUUGCAAGAGGUCCUCCACAACCAGCUCAUCGAUAUCCUAGGAGGCCUGAAUGGACUUCCACCGUCGAAAGAUGGAAAGGAGCCGCCCCCAGAUGGUCCCAUCUGGGCACAUGUCGGGGUGGGUCGCGACGACGGUGGUAUCAAGGGUGAAUAUAGUCCGGUUCUCUAUCCAGUUAAUGUGUUCAGCCUUGUUCAUUCCGAGACGGUAUGGCUCAGUCCCACGCCGGAGAAGCCUAGCAUAGGGUGGGACGCCGGCAGCAUUCGUAUACUGACCGUGGCUGUCCUCGAACACAAGUCCAGCAAGCGAAGGGUACUGGCAUCUGCGACCCAUCUCGACAACGAGGGGUCCAGAAGCCGAGAGAACAGCGUUACGAUCAUUUUGGAGACACUGAAGCGGGUCCACAAACAAUGGUCCAACAACUCAAAGCUGCCUAUCGUCCUUGCUGGUGACUUCAAUUCGUUCACCGACCAGGAGGCCUACCUCGGUAUGGCUCAGAGCAACUUUGUGUACGACCUGUACAACUACGUCCCUCCCAAGCGCAGGUAUGGCGAGGAGACGACCUUCACUGGAUUCCAACCAGAGAAAGACAAGGACGAGCUAGGGAGGAUUGACUUCAUCUGGCUUGGCCCGACAGAAAGCGUAUGCGAGGAUGCUGCAGAGAGCAGCUCGCAAGGUUUGUGGAAGGUUGACGGGUACGCGGUUUUGCCAAAUGUGUUUGAUGAUGGAGUUUAUGCAAGCGACCACCGAUGCGUCGUCGGCGACGCUCGCAUUCUUUACUAG